AUGUCAGCAGUUGAGGAGCAGCCAGCCGGUCCCCCUGAUGCCUUCGAGGAACUCGGAGACAUCCUCAAGAAUCAAAACCACCUAUUUGCUUGUAGCGGUUCCAUACCCAUCAGGGAUGAGCCCGAGGCAGCGCCAGAUCAAAGGCCGGGACCAGAUGAGCAGAGAACUUCACGUCCUGUCACGAUUCGAUGGGAUACUGCCACGGCUAACUCGCCUACCUCAGGGCAGGAUGCUUGUAUGAAGCUGACACUUCCAAUCACGCCAGGAAGAAACGGCGGUGUGGACCGCUUGUGUCAGCAUGCCCAACCUGCCACUUUUGGGCGUGGGGGUGAGGACGUUUUUGACGAGAGCUAUCGCAAAGCACUCAAGAUUGACACGGACUCGUUUUGUUCAACUUUCGAUCCCUACACGCUUGGCAUCAUUGAUACGAUUGCGCAAGUCUUGCUUCCGAGUGCCAUUGACUCAACAACCCAUAGGUCUGUGAGAGCCGAGCUAUACAAACUCAAUGUGUACUCUGCCCCCUCCGGAAUGUUCAAGUCCCACGUCGAUACGCCCCGCUCGACAUCGCAAUUCGGCUCUCUUGUCGUCUGUCUUCCUCUUGAACACGAGGGCGGCCAGCUCAAGGUGCGCCACAAGGGCAAGGAGAUGACCUAUGACUGGAGCACCAGCCAAAGCGACCCGAACCAUGCUCAAAUUCAAUGGGCCGCCUUUUAUAGUGACUGCGAGCAUGAGAUCCUCGAAGUCACCAAAGGUCACCGCAUCACACUGACUUACAAUCUGUACGCUGUGCGUGGAGCGGGACGCCUCACGGGCAUGAGCAAGACAUUGGAUCCCACUCAUCUGCCUCUCUACGAAGCAGUGAAGACCGCAAUGAAUAGUCCGCGUGCUGGAUUCGAUGGUAAAGGCGGCUCCAUCAUCUUUUGGUGCUCUCACAUCUACGCCUACAACCAUCACCCCGAGUCGCCCCUCCCCGACACACUCAAGGGCGUCGACGCCGUCAUCUGGGAAAUCUUCCAAUCUCUUGGUCUGCAGCCUCGCAUCGCGCCAUUUGUAUCUCUCGAAGGCGAGCAUUGGGACCUUCGGGAGUGGUACGAUGAGCUAGAUGUUCCAAGCGAAGGAGGGGACGCUCUUCGUCGCUGGGCAGCAGAGCGGCCAGCCCCGCUGCUAGAGGGCUCCUUUGGGGUUUAUAUGCAUCCUGGGGGAUAUCUGGACGAGUAUACCCAUUUCCAGGAGCUUUAUAUCGGCAAGGGUGGCUGGGGCGGUAAGUAUCGCAACGAGUCACAAAUCUGGUUGAAUGAACGGCCGUCCCAUAAGGAGUUGCAACUCCUAUUCACCGCGUACGGAAAUCAGGGCGAGGCGGAUUAUCGUUAUUCUCAUUGUGGCAUUGUGGUAGAUGUCCCCUGCACCUCGGAAACUGAGGCUGAGGAUGCCGAGGCGUUGGCCGAGGAGGUCAAAAAAAAUCAGACUCCAAGGCCGCCUCCAAGGCCGCCGGUGCAGGAGGUGGAUUAUUUGUCGAUGGGCCUCAGACAAUUCACGCUUUUUGGUCCUGGGCCGAGUGCUCCUUUAGAAAGCACUCUAUUCCCAAAUAACAUGGAGAACACUGAGGCCACUGGUUCCUCCAAUGUUUAG